AUGGUCGAAACCAUACGAGUUUGUGAGAUCGAAGUGCUUAUGACUGAUAUCCAAGCGUUUUCGUCACUAACCAUGCGACCAAAGAAAACGCGCACUCCAUUAUUUCACUUCAAUCCUCUGGAUGAACUAUCAAAUACCGAAGAUUUCCUCGAUUUUGAUGAGAACACAUCGUCAAAGGACGAAAACGAAGACUUCAGCAUUGAGGACCUGUUCAACGAUUUGAAAAUGCACGAAGAAGCGUUCCCGACCGCAAAAAGUAUUUCUUCUCUUCCGUCAACAAUUCGACGUAAGCAGAUCGUUAUCAAAGAGCCGGACGAUUCCAGCAAAAUCUAUUUCGACUACAGAUCUAAGAAACGGAAACCACUGCCAUUCAGAAGCGGCAGCUGUACACCAAGAUCCAUAUUGAAAAAGGAACCAUCUCUAUGCCAUACUCAUCUUUACGAAGAGGUUGAAGGCGAUCAUCUUUCACCACUACCGGACGAUCCGCCAUCUCGACCACAGAUUCAACCAAUGCGGCUUUUCCCACCAUGUAAUGAGUUUCAGCCAAGGCGGAUCAGCAGGCUUCCGCCGGUGAAACGACGACAAAAGCUGCCAAGUCUUCACCACACAGACAGUCGAUCUUGCCUACUGUCCUGGCCAAGUCGUCUACGACAGAAAAUUUUCCACGAAGAUGACCGUUGA